GAGGUGCACACCGCCGCUCCAUCGGCGGCGGGGGUCAGUGUCUGUCUGUGCGGGUGCGGCAGUGGCGAGAGCGCCAGCUUCGCUUUCCUUUGUCCAGUGCGUGGACGCUGGCCGCGCUUGGCCGCUGGCGCUUAGCCGCCACCGAGGGUCGCUACUCAACGUCGCGCGCGCAACGCAGACGGACCGCAGACGGCAAGCGCGAUGGCUCCGGACUCUGUCGAGGCGUUCAUAUCCAGCGUCAAGAAGUAUCCCAUACUUUACGACUGCAAACGUCUCGGCUACCGGGACGUUGACAGAAAGAGGGAGGUUUGGGAAAUGGUCAAGCAAGAAACUAACAUGGAAACCGUUGAUGAUUGCCAGCGUCUAUGGAAAUCACUCCGGGACCGGUACAUACGUGAACUCAGGGCACUGGAACAUCCGAGCCAUCUACCCUGGGAAGCACGCAAAAGCAAGUGGGCGUACUUCAAUUCACUGGACUUCUACAAGGACUGCGGAAGAGCUGCAAGGUCAGUGCAUAGAGCCAAACAACCACUGGGAAUUGCAGACACGGGUUCCUUAGACCACUACUCCAACGGAAGCGAGCCAGCUGCCAUGGAAGACAGCUUCACAGCCGAAGGCCCCCCUCCUGCUCAUUCCCACUGCCCCAAAAUGGUACUGGCUUCUCCGCAGACUGCUCCCGAGGACUACGCUCCUCUCAGGCUGCACCAGAGUCCAGAGCCACCGGAGAAGAAACCUAUCCUCAACAACGAGUCGAUGGACUCUUUUGAAUCUGAGGUACUCGGCAUCCUUAACCGUCCACUAGACGAAGACGAGUACUUUGCACUUUCCAUUGUGCCUACCCUGCGGCGCCUUUCCUUGAAGAAGAAGGCGCUCGCCAAAGUCAAGAUACUCCAAGACCUGGCAGUGAUCGAGUUCGGCGAAUGACCACUGCCGAGCGAUGCUCUAUGUCUUGUUCUCCGUUCAAGUGCCAUAUUUACCAAAGGAAACGUGGGACCAGCAUUGCCAUGAAGAAAUGAGUAUUCCGUGCCUUUUUAGCUAGACACAGCAGCUAUAGAAGCGACGCCUUGCAAAUGAUGCUGUCUGUGGUGGGCAUCGAAGCCAGGAGCAGAGAAAUGCGGCACGCCACCUCCUGAAGUGGCAGCCACGAUGUCGCUACAGUCACCGCUCUUGGUUCACUUUCUGAUGCACUGUGUUACUCAAGAACAAGAACUUUGUUUUUGAUCGUCCAGGGCACACCAAGUUGCUGGCUAUGACGUUCAGGGAUUUCGUUUUAUUGUAGUCAUAGACCAGCCUGACGACGACGACUAUGGAGACUCUUGCUGGGUGCAAGACACUACAAGUUUUGUUGCCGCGUCCCAAAGACAGUGAUAUUUUCCCAACAUGUGCCAAGGACACUCCACGAGUGCCAGCUAGUGGAAUCAAUUCCACACUGUUACUGUUUAGGUGCCAAUGUCUGUUUGUGUGUGUCAUAAUGAAAUGAGCUGUAUAUGCUGCCAUGCAAAGCCAGAUCUCUGGAACAUUUGUAGAAGUUGCAAGUGCCUUUCAGUACUGUGCAAGUUCCAUCCUUUUUUUUUU